GUCAUUUGUCGCGCGCAACAUGGACUUACGUUACAUCAGGGUUACCUUCAGGCUUUAAAUUUUUAACUCGUUUGAAACCUUACACUGUCACUUCCUAGUUUUGACUAUCAGAUCGCUUUAAUCUCACUCUCGUGAUAUCCUCGAAUGUUUUUAAUUAUUUAUGUUACUAAAUGAAGUUUCAUUUAAUGUGGCUACUGAGGCAAUAACUCAAUUCCCUUCUUUUCUGCUCUAGAUAGUCUAACAUAGUGCUUUUCAAACUCUCUAAGCGCACAAGAUAUUUUGCAGCUAUACAUAGAUCAACCAAAGGCGGAACGUGACAACUUAUGUUGAUCUAAUUAGAUCAAGGCUAGAUUUCAUCUCGGAUAAAUCCACUGCUUAUUCUGGUUCUGAAGCUUUCUCUAAACAUACCAUCUAUAUGAAGUCAGAUGAAAGAUGUCUUAUUUUUAAACACUUCCCACCUGAAAUAAAUGAAGAUGAAUGUGUAACUUUUUUAAAAUCUCUGGGGGCAACCACGUCUCAAUAUUUUGGAUGUUCCGGUUCUCUCAAACAUGUAAUGUAUUCCCUUUAUCUGUUUCAUUCUAAUUCAGACUUAGUGCGCUUAUGCGGAGUUCGCAUCUGAACAACAUGCGUGGAAUAUCAUUAAAAAUCUUCACCAAAAGAAAAUAUUGGAUCGUCGUCUUUCAGUUGAAUUCAUCCAGUCUGUAGAAAAAUUAUCUUCAGUUAAUAUCCAAAAGACUAAUCCAGACAAAUCCAAAGAAGAAUGUCUUCCCGUAACCACGAAUGCUUUUUCUGCUAUGUGGGAUACAUCUUUUGAAGCUUCCUCACGAAUGUACUAUGAAUAUCCUGUUGUAUCCAUUGACAUACUGACAAACAUUGUGCGAUCGUUGGCUUCUUGCCCAGCAUUUUAUAAUCAGGUACUCCACAUAAUGAACAAACUCCAUUUACCACCACCAUUUGAAGAUCCGGAGAAAUUCCCUGGGGAUUAUCUUGUCAUUUCUGCUUCAGAUUAUGCGAAAAUGCAAACACUAAUAGAUAAUAUCCAGCGCUUGCCAAAAGAGGAAAAUUAUGAUUCAGGUUCAGUUUCAGAAGAAAUGGAUUUAUCUAGUGGACCGGAGUCUGAACUCGCUUCUGACGAUGAAAAAAAAGCAACUACUUGUGCACAAAAAAGCAUCUCAGUGAGAAGACGUUUCAAAGUCCGCAAAAAAACCCCUACUGUAUUACCUAGUCGUCUUCCUAAGACUUCCAAACGUAAAAAUGUUGAUGUUGCUGAUUUAUUCGAAUCACAUCAAGCUGCUAAAAAGUUAAACUUGCCAAAGAUUCUUAACGUCAAUUCUCAGCGUGAUCAUAGUAAUUCACUUGAUGAAUCUGAAGGUGGAUUCGGACUUAUCCAUACGGAGACUAAAGUAGAGAAACGGCAUUUUCUUGACGGACCAACUCAGAAUUCUCAAGAAAACCAUGCAUCAAUCUUCUCCAAUUUUCAGCUCCGUAAAGAACAAUUUUCUGAUGAAGAACAUGAGAACUUGGAAGAUUUAAUCCCACUACCAUCACAACCACCUUUGAGUAGUGGAAAUAUGACAAAUGUUACUGAUAAUAACCCGUCUAAUUUCGUAACAGUACUGUCCCUUGAUGAAAUCAUAUCCAAUCGCCUAAAAGAUGAGGAUCGCAGGAAUUAUCCAGUAUUUGCUAAAUAUGAUACUGGAACUACCACCUCUCGUCUGUAUGUCAAAAAUUUAUCUCAAAUGGUUACAGAAGCCGAUUUGUUUGCAAUAUUCGGGGUAUUCUCAAACGGACCUGUGACUGACAGUAGUUGCAAACCAAGGGUUUCGUUGGACUCAACAGAGUGUUUUUCAAUAAGACUUUUGACGGAAGGUCGAAUGAAAGGUCAGGCAUUCAUCGGCCUUGCAUGUGAAUCAACUGCCAAACAAGCGUUGGAAGCCACAAAUGGUUAUAUGCUAUAUGAUCGUCCGAUGGUUGUUCAAUUUGCUAGAGGUGCUAAAGCAAAACCAGAUGAAAAAAGUUUAUUAUUAUCGAAUUAAUGCUUUUGAUAAUUCAUAUCUUCAGGAGGAUUCACAUCCAAAGUUUGGAGCUCGCCUAUGACCAUUUCAUUAGAAACCAAAUAAUUGUAUAUGUUCUAUGUACAAAUUGUAAAUAUAAAAAACAAUGGCACAUUGCAUUGUAACAGUUUUAUGAUCUGUCACAAAUACAGCGAUUUCAGUGAAUCUAAUAAACAAUAUAGUUCGUGAGCAACAAAAGUAUUAAGAAGCAUCCACUUCCACUGCGUACUAUUGAGAGACGUUUCCAUUCUUGUAACUACUAUGAAAGUGUUUUGAGUUGACAAAUAGUAAAUUUCAACCAUGUUCAUAGCCGUCCAUCAGUUUGUCGAAGUAUGAUAAUUCUGUGGUAAUGUCUUUAACACCUCUAGUCAUUUUAGGAUGUAAAGGAGGUAGUUUACAUUAUUACAUUACAUCAUUACAUUUACAAAUAAAAAAUUUAUCUACUUAGCUUUUAUCUACCCUUUCUAUGUGAAUUCUCAACUGUAAAGACUAAAUGUCCGCUGCAGUUUCCAGUCUACUCACAGACAGUAUUCGAUUUUUAAUGUGUAGUAAGUGUGCAAAUUUCAUAUAUCAUUACCAUAAUUAUAGAUGAAGAAAAUUAAAAUGUAAAAGUAUAUUUAGUUACAUGUUAAAUACGUAAGAUUA